AUGCUCUUGUCCCGUACGCUGGUGCAGAGCAGCCGUUUGGCGUCUGCCCGUGGCACAUUUUCGGCCCCGGUGGCUCGCAUUGCUGUGCAAAAGGGUCUACCUGCAGCCCAGGUGGCGCCGUUCUCUACGUCUCGUCUGACGAGCCAAGAGGCGAAGCAACCCGGAGCCGAGCAACCUGCUCAGCCCGAGUCUACCAAGGUUGUGCUUCCUGGAAGCACCCCGCUCCCCUCAUCUGUAACCCCUGCAAAGACCUUUACCUAUACCUUGGACACGCUUCCUCCCCGGCAAGAUCCCCUCCUGCAGUUCAUUGUGAACCUGCUGAUGAAGGAUGGCAAGAAGGCUUCUGCCGAGCGCUAUAUUGCGGAUAUGCUCGCUCAUAUGGCUAAGCUGACCAACUCGGACCCCCUUCCGUUGGUGUACGAGGCUGUGGAGCUUGCGAAGCCCAUUCUCCGUAUGCAAUCGCGGAAACAGGGCGGUAAGACGAUGCAGGUUCCCAUCCCCUUGAACGCGCGGCAAAGCACCCGUCGUGCGAUUGUUUGGAUUAUCGAAGCGAGUCGCCGCCGUGCUGACCGCGCGAUCAGCCGUCGUUUGGCGGUCGAGAUGCUGGCUGUGUUGGAAGGCAACAGCUCUGUCUUGUCUCGCAAGGACGAGGCGCACAAAAUUGGUACGGUUAACCGUGCGAACGCUAGUGUCCGUAUCUAG